AUGCUGAGCUCGGCGGAGGCAGCGGCGGUGGUGGAGAAGGCGGCGAAGGAGGCGGGUGAUGUUGUGCGUUCUGUCUCAGAUCCCAAGAAGAAGCCUCGAGAGCUCCGUCCUGCUACCAAGAAGGCGGUGGAAGAGGUCGUUCGCACGGGGAGCCCGGCGGCAGUUCUGCAGCACAUCAAGGCCCACAGGAAGGAGUUCAUCAGCGCCGUUUUCUCGAGCGUUUUCAUGUCAGCUAUCAGGAAGCAGCUGUCAGGAGAGAUCAGUGAGGAGAAAGAUGCUGAGAAGUCCUCAACGAGCAAGGCGGCUGGGUCGAACGGACACGAUGAUGUGAAAGUGGAUGCUAGCUCCAAGAGGACCCAACCGGUCAGCGAGGAGGCGGACAAGAAGAGGAAGCGGAAGGCGGGGGAAAUGGAUAGCGAAACAGAAAAGAAGAAGAAUGAAAAGGAAGCGAAGAAGGCACCGAUCAAAGCAAAGGAAGAGGAAUCAGAUGAAGAGGCGUCCGACGACGACGAAGAUGACGACGUAGAGCUGUCUGAUGACGCAGAAGAUGAUGAUGACGAAGACGACGACGACGAUGAAGAAGAUAGCGAUGAUGGAGAUGAAGAAGAGGAACCCGUUGAGAGUCCUAAGAAAGCUGGGAACAAUGGUCCUCUUAAGGGAGGGAAAUCACAGAAAUCAGCUGACAGCGGAAAGUCGAAGCAAGACAAAAAGAAAUGA